CCGCGAGAGCCUUUCGUGAAGUGUGUAGCGUAUACUGCUGCUUCGGGAACUGCAGUUCAACUAAUUACAGUAAGAAAUUACACUUCAAGCAAUUCAUAAACAAUCGUGAAACUAAAGUGCAAUGCAGCACCUCAAACAUUGCCAAAGUCUUGCUCAGACCUUCCUUAUCAGGAGUAAAAGUUUCAAGCUUUUGAAGAGCAAUGUCCCAUCAGUGUCUGUGUGGAACGGGUGUCCCUCUCACCGCUGGCAAAGCUCUGGAGGUCAUGGAUGGCAGGAAUAUCACAAUGAUGGGGUGUCAAAGCUCACAUUUGCUUUGGCAGGGCUGAUGGCAGGAACUGGAGCUGUUCUCGCCUAUAAACUCCACCGUGGUAAGCUGGAGUGGGCAGCUACCUCAGGACAGUUACUGGAAACUGAGACCUCUUCUCUUCCUAUAUACACUCUAGAAGAAGUAGCAAAGCAUUGUUCCCUUGACAGUGGCGUGUGGGUCACCUAUAAAGGCGAAGUCUUUGAUAUCACAGAAUUUGUGGCCCUGCACCCAGGUGGGGACAAAAUACUUCUGGCUGCAGGUGGAGGUCUGGAACCCUACUGGGCAUUGUAUGCUGUUCAUCAACAAGACCACAUCCUUCAAAUCUUGACUGAAUAUAAGAUUGGUGUGCUUAAUAAAGAGAGUUACAAGAAGCAAGAGAGCGCAAACCCUUCAGACCCUUACUUUGCCGAGCCAACACGUCACCCUGCUCUACAGAUCAACAGCCUCAAACCUUUCAAUGCUGAACCACCUGCUUCUAUACUUACAGACAGUUACAUCACCCCCUCGGCAGUAUUCUUCAAGCGUAAUCAUCUUCCAGUGCCCAGGGUGGUUUCUGAAACAUACAAGUUGGAGAUAGAGGGUCUUCCUGGUGGAGCAGUUUCCCUUACUCUGAGUGAGCUUAAGUCUCGUUUCCCUAAACACACAGUUACAGCAACACUUCAGUGUGCUGGAAACCGUCGCUCUGACAUGAACAAAGUCAAGCAAGUCAAAGGGCUCAAUUGGGGCAUCGCAGCAAUAGGCAAUGCUACAUGGUCAGGUGCACGUCUGAGGGAUGUACUGCUAUACUACGGCUUCGGACCUGAUGUUGCAGCAAAGGCUCGACAUGUUCAGUUUGAAGGGUUAGACCGAGACGUGACUGGUACAUCAUAUGGUGCAUCUAUUCCAUUGAACAAGGCAGUGAGCGAAGAAGGUGAUGUUCUUCUUGCGUAUGAAAUGAAUGGGGAGGAGCUCCCAGCCGACCAUGGCUACCCUGUCCGGGUGGUUGCCCCUGGAAUUGUCGGAGCACGCAAUGUCAAAUGGCUGGGAAGGAUUGUCGUGAGUGAUGAAGAAAGCAAGAGUCACUGGCAGCAAAAUGACUACAAAGGCUUUUCCCCAGGUACUGACUGGGACACAGUAGACUUCAAAUCAGCACCAGCCAUCCAGGAGCUCCCCAUACAGUCAGCGAUCACUCAUCCAGCCGAGGGAAUGUCUGUAGACUGCUACGCUGGUGAUGUGACUGUUAAAGGCUAUGCAUGGAGCGGUGGAGGACGCGAGGUCAUCAGAGUAGAUGUCUCAGUAGAUGGUGGGAAUACAUGGCACGUGGCCAAACUCAGGACCAGUGAUAAGGAGCACAACCCUGCUCUCCCUCCUCCACCUGGAAGAGCUUGGACUUGGAAGCUGUGGGAGAUAGAAAUCCCACUGCCAGAUAAAGCCCAGGAGCUGCAGAUUGUUUGCAAAGCAGUUGACAGUAGUUACAACGUGCAGCCGGAUAGUAGUGCCCCAAUCUGGAAUUUAAGAGGUGUGCUUAGUAAUGCAUGGCAUCGAGUUAAGGUUAAAGUAAGUGAAGAUCACAAAGUCAAUUAACAAACUUUGUUAAAUCCGAAAUUUUAGUUAUUUCCUGCAAAGUGCUUGAUAUAUGAUUGUCCCUUGAGUUUUAACAAGCAGAAAUAAAUGUUCUCUUGAUGCAUGA